UCGUCACUGAUAGAAGGGGGGCGGGUGUGUUUAUAUCUCGAAUGUAUUGUUGAAAACAAAACAACAAAAGGGACUUUUCUCGUUUUCUUUUAAUUCCUGCAUAUUUCUGGUACUUAUAAGUGGCGUUAUGGCUGAAGAGGAAAUAACGGUGAACCGAAUGGCUAAUCAAAACAGCGUGAACGCUCGACCUGGUCAACUAAAGUUAUAUAUUUGCCCCACGACCGGAGGUUCCGUUCGAGUGAUUGUGCCCACAGUUGAGACUGUGCAUGGACUGAAAGUGGCCAUAGCUCGCAAGAUACGGAUUCCGCCGGAGAGGAUUAAUCUACUAUUCAAAAACAAGAUUUUGAAAGAUGGAACGUUGUUUGACAACCAAGUUGUGUCGGAGAGCAGGAUUACUCUGUUACCUAAUAUGGCAAGUGGAAUGACGUUUCAAAGACCAGAAAAUGGAGUGAUGCAAGCACUAGAAAAUCUGACUGAGUCACAAGUAAAUGAUUUCCUCUCUGGCCGUGCACCACUCUUACUAGCAAUGCGACUGGGCGAUCACAUGAUGUUUGUUCAGCUUCAACUUUCAACAUCACAAUGUGUGAGUCGGCGAUCACGUGGUCACGCUACACCAACGAUGUCCACACCACCAACGUCCCCGACUCACCCUGUCUUCCCUAACUCUGCUGCCAUCACCCGCGCUUCGCUGGCCGCAGCGAGCCGUAAUCUUUCACAGAAGUUGCGAGAGCUGACACGACUUACAGGCCAUGCAAAGGUUGGUGAGUCUGCCCAAGUGACUGUCUCCUCUCGAGUCCCAACUCCCUCCAACCCCAUUGCCACCCCCCAUCCCCCUUGCUCAAGCCCUGGUGCAGUGAUAGACAGCAUGCACCACCUUGGACAGGGAGUGUACUCGGGAACGUUUUCAGGAACACUUGAUCCAACUUUACAAGAUGUUGAAGGUCGACCUAGGAAAGAUAUUGCAACUAUUGUACAUAUAUUGAACGAUCUGUUAGGAGCUUCACCACACCUUCAUACCUGCCGCCCGUUUUUAGUUCAACAUCCUACCCCCAGGCGGCACUACCACAGAGAACCCACAGGUAUGUCUAGCUCUUUGAGUCACGGCAAGUCUGAAGACACUGCUCUUCGUGGGAAGGUCCGGCAGCUGCAGAUGAUGAUGGAGGAGAAACGUCUGCGUCGCAAGGCCAGACGUGAAAUGAAGGCUCCUUACCAAUGGACAAAUAGCCGGUCACUCAGUGAGGAUGCACCCACAUACUGCCACCAUGCAGCGGGCAACACGAGAGACAAUGUUCCGACUCCCUCAGCUGGCCAUUCGGACACGAACAAGAUGGACAUCCCUGAUAACAUGGAGUCUUCCACGUACCGAAACCCAAACUUGGAGCAGGAGACUGUUGCAGUCUGAAAGCUCUGAGAUGAUUGGUCGGUUUCAAAUUUGGUUGACCUUUACCCAAAUUAAGGUCAAGUGCUUAGCGGCAUUGUUGGAUGGCCCUUGAGCCUUUGUUUGGCUUGACCUUCAAGGUCAUGAGCCAUAAUGGGAACGUAUCGUAAAUGGUAGAAAGAGACUCUCCAUUGAUUGGUUCAAAUGUCUUGACGGAUCUGACAGGAAGUUAGCUGCCAGGUGGAUUAUGGGAUGGCUAUGGAUGCGUGGCUGACAAAAAAGCUGAGAAUCUGCUGCUGGAUUCCGCAUCUCGGUGUAUGUCAUGUGACAGGAAGUGACGUCACGCCUGUUUGUCACUUAGUCUGGUGACACUCCUCACAAAGAGGCUAUACCCUGUAUCAUUGUGUAGGGUUAGAUCAGUGUAGUUCAUAUAUUGACAUACCUUUGUACAUUGACUCGUUUUCUCAUCUCUUUCUGCAUGGUAUGGACAUUUCUUGUUUUCACUAUUUCUUUGUUGUUAUCUGAUGGUGCAACUCACCUGCUUAUACAGAGGGUAUGUUACAUGACUGCAAGCUCUCUGAUUGUAUAUGGUUAUACUCGUGUCGAUUUGUUGAUAACUCCAAGACUUCAUGUCGGUCUGUAUGGAUGUGUACUUUUGGUCAAUUCCUGUAUAUAUUGAUGUUUAUCAGUGCUAUUAAUGACAUGUUUAGCUGUAUGUCGUACUCUAGAUCCAGACCUUGAGUGAUGUAUUCCUCAUGAAAAUCAUACAUUGAACAGAAAUUCCCAUCUAAAACAAGCUCCAUACCAAGUCAAAUCAGGGAACUCAAAAAGAAAGAUAUAUUUAGGCCUGCCAAAAUAUAUAGUCUGAUAUAUAUAAAGCACUAUGGUCAGAUUAAAUAAGUUUUAUAUGUCUAAGGAAGAUAAACCGUUUCCGUGAAUGUGCUUACUUCCACGAUGAAUUUUAUCCAUCAGUGAAGUUAACAGCUUUCAAAACUGGAAGUUCCAGUGUGAAAAAUAUGAAGUCCAAGAUGCUGCUGUUUGUCUACUGUUCACAAUUCUAGUAUGAUUUAAUUAGUUAACAUAAUUACAAGAAUGAUCUACACAUACUAUUAAAUAGAACAAUAAGCUCAUUAGUAAUGUUAUAAAUGAUGUAUGCAAUACGUACCACGAUUAUGAUGGAGCAGAGAAUCAAAUAUGGAUCGAUGAUGAAGGAAUAUUAUAAGUUGUGUGGAAAACAUCACUCUGUUCAAUAUGUACUAUUAUUUGUUAGCUAUGUUAGCUUCAUCACAUUAACAGAUUGAACUAUCUGUACAACAGUUAUUGGUGUUUGUGCUGGCACAAAUUUCAAUUAGUCACUGUGACAUGUAGAAAAAGAUGUGUGUUUAAUAUUGUUGAAACAGCAUUUCUUACUUUUACAUUUUACACAUUUUUAUCUGAUCUUCACUUAUGAAAUCAUAUUGUAGUGUUCAUGUAUUCACUGUUGUUGUUAAAGUCUGAAUAAGGAGUGAAUGUGAAUGGAUUAUCAGAUAUAGAAAACUGGAAGUAAUUCUUAACAUAUAUCUUACUUCAGCAACCGAAAGCAAUCUACUAUAUUAAUGGUUUGGUUUCCAUAGUGACAGAAAGUUAUCUCCAAAUUUCAUUUGAUUUGUUUUAAAAAUAUGAAGGUAGUUUUGAGGAAAACCUUACUUGAUAAAGGAUGAAUCAAGGUAAUUUGCGUUCAACUGUGCAUGUCAUAAUGGGCAUAUCUGUAACAAUAAGUAAUUAUCUUUUUUCUAAAAUAAUCCUGUAUAGCACCAUUGUAAUUAAAAUUACAAUUUAAUUUUUUUGGUUAAUAUCAAUAACUGUUCUAUAUGAGUCUUUUUCAAUGCCUCCAUAAAACCGAGGCAUAUAUCAUUUCAUAUAAUAAGAAAAAGAAAUGAAUAAAUAUUAACAAUUUAAUUAUAGCAUGUAAGUGACACAUUUGUAUGAAAUAUUACCAAGGAAUGGUUUCUGAUACAAUAUUGUUUUACAUGUGAAAGAGAAUUAGUUUUCAGUGUUCUGAGUUUUAUUAAUGACUUUCUUCCACUAUUAAGGAAAAGUAUAUGGUUAGUAUUGCUUCAGUGACCCGUGUUCCUGUUUCGGUAUUUGUUGUUGCGAUCGUGUGUGCACAUCCACCUCGCGCCACACCACUUAUGUGCCACACACAGAUAUGCUGUCAGUGACCAAAAUCCAUCGAAAAAAUGUUAUCUGUAUUAAGAAAAAUAGAUAUUUAGCAUGUGUGUAAUGAUAGAAAUGCUAAAAAUAUACAAUGUAUUUAUGUUUCAUAGAUAUACUAUGUAUAUCUCCAAUUCCAAUCUGUAAAUGAAACUUUAAUGAAUAAUACGAAAAUAGGUUGCACAAAUUACAGUGAAUGAAAAAAUGAUUUGAUUAUUAAUCACAAUGUGCAGUAUGUGCAACUUUUUUUUUAAAUUUUAAGAAUUUUGCAAUGAAACAAAAAUCAAAAAUAUUUUUGACUUUUUCAUUCCGAAUAAUGAUAUGAUUCAUAUCAUAUUAGUUCCUCUAUUAAAAUUGUGAUUAUCUUUAAAUAAAAACCAUCACAUGUAUAUCUACAUUAUCCCCUUUUCAUACAGACAGUUUGUCAAUUCCCACAAGGUAAAAUCAGUGGGUGAUAUAUGUUUUGUUUUCUUUAUUAGAAAUGACAUAUUACAAUUUUCAAUCAAUAUUUACCUGUCUUUACAUUUGGAAAAGGACACGUAGUCAGGUGUGAAUAAGGGACCAGUCAUUUGUUACAGAGAUGGAGGGUAUGAGGUGUUUGGUGAACACCUAAAAACCUAAUGAAUGAAAGUAAGGGGUGGGGGCUGGUUUGCUCCACCCUGAUCCUCUCUGACUCCCCCCUCUGUAAUAAAUGACUAGUCCCAAUGAUUGACUGAUUUACAAAAGAGUGGUGAUUUUUCAUAUUUAUUUGGUUUUAUUUGUCAGCUGACCUGACAUAAUAUUAUGUGCAUAAAUAUCUAAAACAAAAUGAUAAUGACAUCAUUUUGAAUCAUUUGCUGCAUCAUUCUGUGUUUUGUAACAUUAUGCAGACUGCUCUUACUUCUCUAUAGAAUGGCCUGAUGAUACGUAAAACUUCAGAUAACCAUAAUCACGAUAUAUAGUUCUUAUAAUGGAAUCAUAUUUGUUCUAGCGAUAUUGCAGUUGCAAAGUGUUUCAAAACAGAGGUGACCCUUUCCUUGAUUUAUUUUUGUUCAACUUAUUUCUUUAAAAUAUGUUUGUUUGAUGGAACUGAUGAAAUUGAAUACUUCAUAUUACUUCAAAAACAUUUAUGACGUGUAUCACUGAUAUUUUAUGUUUAGUUUUGAUUCUGUGCGGGAUGCUUUAUUAAAGCCAGUUAGAUCCUUCUUGGUUUUAUUCAGAAGAAGGAUGAAUCGUUUCUUGAUUAAAUUAUUUCUCAGACAAAUGGAUAGUAAGAAAAUUCCAGUGGUGAGAUCAAAGGGAAUUAGACAUACUGGUUGACAUUAUCUGUGAGUCUGUAAACAUGUGCAAGUAAAACAUGUGUUUACACAGGUAAAGCUGUAAACCAGAGUUGUCCCCCUUUAAUUAACAUUAAACUGAUCAAGUUCUGAUUUCAAUGUUUUUCAGUGUUUACUGAAUUAAAACAAUAAGCUAUGAUAAAGGAAUUGUAUUUUAAAUAUAUUACUUGGUAAAUAUUAACGGUUAUUUAUUACAUUUCAUAUACAACUGUACUUUUGAGAAGUUGAACAUACGGUCAAACAUUACCGUGUUAAGUGGAUUUUUAAGUUGUGGGUUUUCUUUAGAUUAAUGUGUUUAAUGAAUUUAUUUGUCCAUUUUUAGUGGAUGAUAACUCAUCACUAUGCUGAGAAAACUAUUUUUGUUGGAAGGUAUAUGUGUGUGGUUUGAAUAAGGUUGGCAAAUGACAUGUUAAUGUGAUUCCCCAGUAGGAACCUUUUAUAUUAUAUUAAUUUACCUAGCAAUAAAUAUCACUCAAGCUGUA